UUUAAUUUAUAUGAGUGAAACUAUUCUUUCACUGUUCCACUGACUAUAUGACCUCAUUCAUUCUCUCUCUCCCUCCUCCAGGUGUUAUUUUCCCCCUGAUCAGCAUUGCACUGUGGGGAUUGAUGUGCUCAGCUACACCCCUGCCAGAGACUUCCGGGUACCCAGACUCCGUCCUCGACAAUUUGGAAUUUGUGCUUAGGAUUAGGAAGGAUGUUGCUAAAAUGAAGAAUGAUCUGCGUAAAGAAUUCAGGCUUGGCAGUGACAACGAACUGCAACUGGUGCAGGAAAUCCUGCGCAUUGAGCAAGUUGAUUAUUCCCAUUGUCGGAAAGACCUCUGUAACAAGGAAGAUUGCUUCAACCAGAUACAGACAGGCCUCAGCACCUACCAGCACAGCCUCUCACACGUUGCCCAGAUCCUGCCAAGUUUCUCUGAGAAAGUGACUGGCCUCCAGCUGGACCUCUCAAACCUCUCCACCAACAUCCACCAGCAGAUACUUGAGAGUGUGGUGACCGCUGUCACCUUCCCCCACGGAGAAACCCUGGACUUGCAAAAUCAGAGAGCUAUCGGAAGCUAUCUUGUCGUCCGCAACCUUGAGAAAUUCAUGGAAGCGAUUGCCCGGGCAUUGAGGCAUUGUUAUUCAUAAUGUGGAGGGCUAGAGGAUUCUCCCAUAAGACCCUAAAGUGGAAGGGUCCUGUGCAUCCUAGGAGAACCUAAUAGGUGACAACAAACUGAAACAAGAGGAUGUACUACUUCUGCCUGGACUCCUCCCAACCUGCAGAAUUCCAGCCUCCUAACUUUUUAUUAUUUAUUUAUUGUAUUUAUUGUAAAGUUUUAAAAGCCGUUUGUUAUCAUGCAAAAGCAAGAAAAACAAAAGGCACAAUAAUAUUUAAAGAAGCAGCAGAACACCAUACGCAUCGUUUUUAAGAAGUCACUCUGUGCCCAGUUUGGUGUUCUGCUGCUAUCAGCAGGAAGUGACUCUUGCUAACUGAACUAAUCUUUAUCUUUUUUAUAAUCAAAAGUCAAGUACAGUUCUGAUGUCCCUCCAAAUUAAUUGGACAGCCUUCUCCAUGUUUGGGCAUUUAGCAUUUCUGUUUGUGCCAAACUAAAUUCCUUGGGGGUUUUUUAAACUAGCCUUUUUAAGAGACUGAUGCAGGACAUCUUUAGCAAUUGGGUGUUGUUGUUGUUUUUAUCAUAGUGUUGACUUGAGACUCCUGCAACAACUCCAUGGGUGAACUAUUGCUAUCCUCCAGAUGUUGGACUCCAGUUCCCAUCAGCCCCAGCUAGCAUGACCAAUGCUCGGGGAUGAUGGGAACUGGAGUCAACCCAAGACAUUGGCUACUUCUGGAAUUGGCUCAUCUCAAGCAUUUCGUAGAAUUGCAAUUUUGGAUUCGGCUUUUAAUGAAAUGUACUCUUCCUGCGAUGCCAACUUGACAUUUGUAUGGAAAGAUCUUGUUUGCUUUGCUGGAUUUCUAGUGAAAUAUCCUUAAGAGUCGAUUCCUACAACUGCGUGUUUUUAAUUUAUUGUGCUUAUUUAUUUUAUUUUUUUAUUUAUUGUAUCUUAAAAACAACAAAUGUUCUGCAUCUUAAAAUUUGCCCUCAGACCUUUAGUCAUUUCUCUGGUAUUAAGAGUAUUUAUUACUUAUUUAAUAUUUAUACCGAUAACUGUCAGAUUAACUGUUUGAUAAGAACCUUUGUUUAUCAAAGGCAAGGGAGUUUCAGCAAGUUUUACGUGUGCAUCUUGCAACACUUGCAGCCUUGCUGUGGUGCACAUGUCAAGAUGUAUGCAAUGUUAAAUCACUGUUUAAUAUUUAAACAUUAAGAGUACUGGCUAUUGGUAGUCGGACCGAACUGCAGGGGGGUGAACAAUAGGAGUAUCUAGUUCAUACCUCUGGCAGUCUCCUGGGUACAUGCUGGGCUGUGCAUCUUCUUGUACUUGUUAUAGAUAAGUAACACUGAAUAUGAACCAUAAGCACACAUACCUAUUGUUGGAGCAGCACCAGUAGAUGAUAGUUCUGAAACUGCUAUGAACAGUUGCUGUAUAAUCAGUGGAUCCCUGAUUUGGCCAGAGGCUGCCAUCUAAAUUUCCCACAAUCCUCGUGUUGGCGGUAUUGUGAGAAACUAAAAUGGCAGCUAGACUCAGCUAGUGAAUCAUGUAGUACUGGGCCGUAAAAUAAAGUCAACACAAACAUAUGUGCAUCAGCCCUGGCAGUUGCAUUAAGCAUCCCACUUCACCCUGUUGAAUGGUAGGGCUGGUCCUGCCUUCACACCACUGAUGGGGAACCUGUGGCCAGUUACAGGCUGCUGGACUCCAGCUCCCAUCAGCCCCAGCAACUGUAGUCAGUAGUCAGGGUUGAUGGGAGCUGUAGUCCAUUAAACCUCUGGAGAGCCAUAUGAUUCCCCACUCCUGUUUUAGACAGAGAAACCAAAGCAUUAAUUGCUCAUUUGCUAUCUGAUUUAUUCCUGUAAUGUUCUAUGCUAGAGGAUGUUGUUUUGUUUUUACUGAGGUUUUUAAUAAAUGUUAACUUAUGAUUGUAAACUGUUUUUGUUAUUUAAAUGAAUUUAUUUUACACCAACGUAUAUCAUCGAUCUGUGCAGAAUUCCAUUUUGUAUUUUGUCUAAAAUUGCUUUGCAGUUUGCUAGAGAGGUACAAUGUUGCUUGUAGAUUUUAGUCUGCCACUGAUACUGUUUUUUCCUUCAAAACUGGACCAGAACUCUUGCUAGCUUCACAUUCUUCCAUUACAAGCCUCUGCAACAGAAGGCAGCUGGAAUGAUAUGACUUGUAAAUGUCACGAGGUGAUAAAGAAAUAUCUGGAAUUUGGCUAAGAGCCUAAGCUCAGCUGAAGCAUUCCAAAGCAUUUAUUUUUGAAGCUGUUUAGAUUUUCUGUCGCAUCACUGCAGGAGUAGUUGUGCUUUCAUUGUAACUGUAAAUUGCACUGAACACCCCACACAAUUAGAAAAGGCAGGAUAUAAAUACCUAUUUAUUUAACAAUGAUGCUAAAUGGAAUAGACAUGGUACUUUUAAAUUUUAUUUAUAUUUUUGUUUUAAAAGGUAGAAAUAAUUGGCCACUGGGUCAUUGAUUAGUUCUUAAUAUUUCUAUUUAGAGUCUCUCAAUGCUUCCAUUGUAAUACCAAUCAGGUUUUAAUUCUGUUACUACUUCUUCCGAAAAUGAAUUUUAUUUAUUUUAUUUAUUAUGAUGAUAUGGUGUAUGCAAUU